AUGGGCAGUGUUACAUCGCCUGCCCUUUAUAUGUUCUUGAAAUGUGAUCAUGUCGUGGAAGCAGACAGUCUUUGGCUACGGCAGCAUUCCAACCUUCAAUUGUCCGAGAUCGCGUGCGCAUUACCUCCAAUUAUCAUUGCCAUGGAGGGGCAGCCCAUACGAAUAUAUCCACAGCCGGCAUUAUGCAUCGAGCCGACAGCUCCGUACUCGAAGCGACGGUAUUACGAACUCGUGAAGAUAUAUCACCCGGAUCUACAGAAUGAAGAUCGAAGGAAUCCAGAAAAAGUCUCCGACAAGGUCCGACUUCAACGGUACAGACUUAUAGUAGCCGCCCACGAGAUACUCUCCAAUCCCGAAAAACGAGCGGCUUACGACCGCGAUGGGACCGGAUGGCACAGUCACCCAGAUCAUCCAGAGUCGAAACUAGGUGCCAAAAACUAUGCGUAUGCAGCGGAUAAUGACUCCUCAAUCUUCAACAACGCAACAUGGGAAGAUUGGGAAAGAUUUCAUAACCGAAACAAACCCAAGCAAGUACAGAUGGUGUCGCAUGGGACGUUUAUAUCAUUUAUACUUUUAUUGGUGUUGUUUGGAGGCUUUGCUCAGGCGUCAUGGAUUACGCAGACUCAAUUGGGUCUUGACCAGCGGGUUCAGGAGAUGAAUGCAAAGUCCGCGCGGCUUCUCGCUAAGCGGCGACAGCAGACGGACGAGUUGAAGUCUCGAGAACAUCGUGUACAGAGUUUCCUGAUACGGAGGGAUCCAACGGGGUAUGGGUUGAAGGAAGAAGAAGAGCCUGUCUAUAAACAGGCACUCGAUAAGCAGGCCAGACUACCUGCUCCAAAGAUCGCUCUACCGAGUCCAGAGGGCCAGCCGAAAUAG